CCAGGUCUCUAGACAAACUCUAUAACUUCGCCGACUGCUCUGGCCUCCACCUGAUCUUUGCGCUGAAUGCCCUGCGCCGAAAUCCAAAUAACUCCUGGAACAGCUCCAAUGCGCUCAGCCUGCUGAAGUACAGUGCCAGCAAGAAAUACAACAUCUCCUGGGAGCUAGGCAACGAACCCAACAACUAUCGGACAUUGACUGGCCGUACCGUGAAUGGCAGUCAGCUGGGGAAGGACUAUAUCCAGCUGAAGAGCCUGCUGCAGCUUAUCCGCACCUACACCAGAGCCAGCCUCUAUGGGCCCAACAUUGGGCGGCCCAGAAAGAACGUCAUCGCUCUCCUGGAGGGGUUCAUGAAGGUGGCUGGCCGCACAGUGGAUGCUGUUACCUGGCAACA